AGCUCUACUGCGUUGAACAAUCCUAUUCCUCUCUCUGUCAGGUCACAUAGCGUUGUACAACUUCUUGUAUCGAUUCACGUUAAUUCUCGCCAUGGGUCUCUACAACAAACUUGCCGAAGACAUCAGUGAGGUGGAUAUCAUCAUCGCUGGAGGUGGCACAGCUGGCUGUAUCAUUGCCGGGCGCCUUGCGGAAGCGGACCCCGAUCUCUCCAUCCUGGUUAUCGAAGGCGGCGCAGACAACAAAGAUGUCGCUAGCAUCGUGCACCCCGUGUUCUACCUACAGAACUUGGUUCCUACCAGCACAACUGCCAUCUUCUACAAAGGCAACAAGGCCAAGCAAUUGGCAGAUCGAGAACCUAUCGUGCCAUGUGGCGGUACCCUGGGUGGUGGAAGUUCAAUCAACUUCAUGAUGUACACAAGAGCACAACGUGCAGAUUUUGAUUCCUGGAAGACGCCAGGAUGGGCCGCUGAUGACAUGUGGCCCUUUUUGAAGAAGCUGGAAACGUACCAUGGCCCUGGCGAUAAAGAGCAUCACGGUCACGAUGGUCCCAUUCAUGUCUCCGAGGGUGGCUACUGCGCCAAGUCAGCACAAGACGAGUUCAUACGUGCUUCUGGGGAGGUUGGCAUCCAAGAGAUCGAGGACCUCCAGAACUUGGAGAAUAACGACGGUGUUUCCCGAUGGCAACGCUACGUCUCGCCCGACGGCAAACGACAGGACACAGCUCAUACAUACGUACAUCCGAAACUUGAAGGUGACAAAUAUCCCAAUCUGCACGUUCUAGUUGAAUCAAAGGUCAUUCGAGUGUUGUUCGAUGACAACAAGCGAGCGGUGGGUGUCGAGUACACACCAAACGCACAAUUCCAGGCGGUGAUUGGCCUUACUCAACAUCCCGUACGGACUGUCAAGGCUCGAAAGCUUGUCGUGGUCACAUGCGGUGCCUGUGGUACACCACCAGUACUCGAGCGCUCAGGUCUCGGCGACAAGAAGAUCCUUGAACGCGCAGGGGUUCCCCUUGUGGAAGAGUUACCUGGUGUUGGCAAGGACUACCAAGAUCACCACUUGGUUCUCUACCCGUACAAAACCAGCCUCGCGCCGGACCAGACAAUCGAUGCCAUUCUCAGUGGCCGAAAAGACGCUGCAGAAAUGAUCAAGAACAACGACAAGAUGCUAGGCUGGAACUCUAUCGACAUAUCCUCGAAAAUUCGACCAUCUGAAGAUGAGGUCACUGCUCUCGGGCCUGACUUCCGGCAGGCUUGGGAUCGCGACUUCAAGAAUGUACCAAACCGUCCACUCAUGCUCUGUGGUAUAAUCCAAUGUUACUUGGGUGAUCCAGCCUCCGUUCCUGUUGGACAAUACGUCACAGCAGGAACCUACACCGCAUACCCGUACUCUCGAGGGCACAUGCACAUCACAGGUUCCUCUGUCAACGACCCUCUUGACUUUGAUGUUGGAUUCUUCACCGACGCCAACGACAUCGAUCUGAAGAAGCAGAUGUGGGCAUACAAGAAACACCGUGAAAUCCUGCGUCGAGCGGACUACUUCCGUGGUGAAUUAGCUGCUGGCCACCCCAAGUUCGCUGCCAACUCGAAAGCCGCAAUUAUUGAGACAGAUGUUGCAUUAACAGAUGUCAAGAACUUGGAGUACACUAAGGAAGACGAUGAGGUAAUCGAGCAGUUCCUACGCGAGAGUGUGAACACUACGUGGCAUUCUUUGGGAACUUGCAAGAUGGCUCCGAGAGAGCAGGAUGGUGUGGUGGACGCAGAGUUGAACGUGUAUGGCGUGAAGGGCUUGAAAAUUGCCGAUCUCAGUAUUGCGCCUGAGAACGUUGCGGCCAACACGAACAACACUGCGUUGGUUAUCGGCGAAAAGGCGGCGGACAUCAUUUUGAGCGAACUAGGGCUCAACAAGGGUAAGAGCCCGUAUCCCAAUGGGCAGUUGAACUGAUGUGGUCGCCAUGG